AGCGACUUGGUGCUCUCCAAGACUAUUCUAACUAAAGUUUUUUCAAAACCAAGUCACAUAACUGCAGCAGCAGCAGCAAGAAGAAAUGAGGCCAAACAUCGUUUCCGAGGCAGGACUGCAAACUAGGUUGGGGCAAUGGUGGGAGAGCAUUCCUUUUCUUACUUCUGCGGUUGUUGGCGUGUGUGGAACUAUUUACUUGAUCUGUCUCCUGGUUGGAUAUGACUCCUUUUACGAAAUAUGCUUUUUGCCCUCUGCAGUUCUAUCAAGAUUUCAAGUGUACAGGAUUUUCACCUCCAUUAUCUUUCAUGGUUCAGUGCUUCAUGUAUUGUUCAACAUGAUGGCAUUGGUUCCUUUGGGUUCUGAGUUGGAGAGAAUCAUGGGAUCUGUCCGCAUGUUGUACAUAAUCUUUCUAUUGGCCAUAAGCAAUGCACUGUUUCAUCUUACGAUUGCGCUUUUGGUGGCCUAUAAUCCCAUUCACUCUGAUCCGUAUCUCAUGAAUGAAUGUGCAAUAGGCUUCUCGGGAAUCUUGUUUUCUAUGAUUGUGAUAGAGACAAGUCUGAGUGGACACCAGUCUAGAAGUGUCUUUGGACUCUUUAACGUACCUGCUAAAUGGUAUGUAUGGAUCUUGCUGGUAGUGUUCCAAGUUGUUAUGUCAAAUGUUUCUUUACUGGGGCACCUAUGUGGCAUUUUGUCUGGCUUUGCAUAUACUUACGGAUUAUUCAAUUUCCUCAUUCCCGGACCAUCCUUCUAUUCUACAAUUGAGGCCUCCUCGUUGUUUUCAACUUGUGUGAGGCGGCCUAAAUUUAUUUUGUGCACUGGUGGGAAUCCUUCAGCCUUCAUCCCUACAUAUUCAAGCCAAGGUACAGCAUCUAGUGGAUUCUCUGCCGGAAGUAUCUGGAGAAACUUGUCUUCAUGGAUUCCACAGAGGGAAACAUCUGCACAGUCAGCACAAGACGGUCACAUGUUUCCUGGGAGGGGAAGAACACUUGGAUCUGGUCGAAAUACUGCUUCUGAUGCUAAUUCAGAAUCAAACUUACAGGUUAGACUUUUGGAUAAUAGCAACUCAGAACAUCCAUCAGACAUGGCAGUUAUUGGUACAGGACAGCAGUUAUCUGAUGGAAGGCGGUCAACCCUAAAUAAUACAGCAGUCGCUGCAGCAGAAGUUCCUGUGCACCAUCAGGAUUAUGUUGUUUCUGAAGAAGAAAUCCAGAAGCUUGUAUCAAUGGGCUUUGAAAGGACACAGGUAGAAGUUGCUCUUGCAGCUGCAGAUGGGGAUCUUAAUGUGGCAGUGGAAAUUCUGAGCCAACAGGGCUAAUCAAGGCAAGCGAGCUAACUAUUUGACUUCUCAAAAUGGUCCUCGGUCGACCUGGUUUGAUGGGCCCGGUUCAUCUUCACGUUUAUGUAUAGUUCCAUGUUCAUUUUCUCGUUUAUGUAAAGUUCCAUGUCUGUAUACUGUGUAUUGUUUGAGGGCAGGCUGAGAUUAUUUGGUCGGGGGGAAAGAAGAUUCUGAAUGGGAUAUCACACCACACGCACACUAACAUCUGUUUAAAUGAAAGCACAAAGUAUCUUAUAACAUGUUUGACAGCAAUGGAAAAACUAGAGUUGUAACA